AUGGGCCUCUUCGCGGGCCUCUUCGAGGACCCCGACAAUCCCGACGACGGGGCUUGCAACCCCGACAAGUACGUUGGUCCAAGUCAGAAAGAUACUCAGGUCCAACUCGUAAUUUCCGUCGCCUUAGGGUUAUCGGCCUUUCUCUCCUUUUGUGCCUUCCGCCCGGGAUGGAAGUCCCUGUACGCUGCCCGGAAGCGGCACUCGAAUCCCCUCUUAGGGUUGCCCACCCUUCCCGACACAUUUUUCGGAUGGAUCCCGACCCUCUACAAGAUCACAGAGCAGCAGGUUCUGUCCUCUGCGGGCCUAGACGCCUAUGUCUUUCUCGCCUUCUUCAAAAUGUCGAUCCGGUUGUUUGGGACCAUGUUCUUCUUUGCCGCCGUCGUCCUUGAACCCAUCAACCGCCAUUUCCUAGGUGAUGUAAACACUAAUGGGGCCACUUUGUUUUACGAAUACCGGACCGACCGCGACCCCAUCUUACCUCCGACAAUUCCCGGAAGCAUUCAGAAACCGGACCGUGACCCCGACAACAGUUUUGACCGCAACAAGGGGUACUUGUGGUCGUAUCUAGUUUUUGCCUACCUCUUCACAGGCCUGACCCUCUACUUUAUGGACAAAGAAACGUUGAAAGUGAUACGGGUACGCCAGGACUACUUGGGCACUCAAUCAACUGUUACCGACCGCACGUUCCGACUGUCUGGCAUCCCCGAGGAAUUGAGGACUGAGGAAGCAAUCAAGGAUCUCGUACAGAAGUUAGAGAUUGGAAAAGUCGAAAGUGUGACACUUUGCCGUGAUUGGAAGGAGCUCGAUCACCUUAUGGAUCAGCGGCAAACCAUCCUGGAGAGGCUCGAAGAGACUUGGAGCGUUUAUCUCGCCCAGAAACCAUUGAUUCCCACCGGCCGCCGGCCAGAUGGGAAUGAAGCCAACGGGCCUAACCAUAACCCCGCCGGAGAUUUGGACGCAGAGGCCGUGGAUGAGGAAGCUGGCGAAGGUGACCAACUCCUGGCGGGCGGCAGGGCCGGCCAGACUCUAGAGAGGGUGCGGCCCCAGACUCGGUUUUGGUACGGAUUUCUUCGCCUGCAGAGCCGCAAGACCGAUGCCAUAGACUACUACACGGAAAGGCUUCGCCGCCUAGAUGACAAGAUUAUGACUGCCAGGAAGAAGACAUACGAACCGGCCAAUCUCGCCUUUGUCACGAUGGACUCGAUCGCCGCCUGUCAAAUGGCGAUUCAGGCCGUUAUCGACCCUCACCCCGGCCGUCUGUUGACAAAACCUGCUCCUGCUCCCUCCGAUGUUGUCUGGAAAAACACAUAUGCUACGCGAUUCAGCCGGCGCAGUCGGUCGUGGACGGUCACCACCUUUGUCGCCAUCCUCUCCGUCAUUUGGGCGGUUCCCGUAGCCUUUUUGGCUUCUGUUCUCAGCAUCUGCAUCAUCGACGAAUUUUUCUCGUCCUUCGGCCAAUGGCUCCGAGAACAUGAGGUCGCUCGAUCCCUGGUGCAAACCGGCCUUCCAACGCUCGUGGUCUCCUUGCUUAACGUCGCAGUUCCGUACCUCUACGACUAUCUUUCCUGGCACCAGGGAAUGAUUUCGCAGGGCGACAUUGCCUUAUCGGCUGUGAGCAAGAACUUCUUUUUCACUUUUUUCAACAUUUUCCUGCUGUUCACCGUCUUCGGUACCGUCACUUCCAUAUUUGACGUCCUCCGAAACUCCCUCACAGACGCCACCUACAUUGCAUACACCCUCGCCCAAAAGAUUGAAGACCUAUCCGUUUUCUACACCAAUUUUAUCAUGCUCCAAGGCCUCGGUCUUUUCCCCUUCCGUCUACUCCAAUUUGGCAGCGUCGCUCAGUACCCCAUUCUGCGCAUGGGGGCCAAAACUCCCCGGGACUUUUCGCAAUUGGUUCAACCGUCGAUGUUCCACUAUGGCUUCUACCUACCGACCGCCCUACUAGUCUUUAUUCUCUGCCUUGUUUACAGCGUUAUCCCCAAUGGUUACCAAGUCCUUGGCCUCGGGGUCGCUUACUUCACGCUCGGCUACUUCACCUACAAAUACCAGCUCCUAUACGCUAUGGACCAACCACAACACGCCACUGGUGGUGCUUGGCGCAUCAUCUGCUACCGCAUCAUGCUCGGACUUGUGGUCUUCCACGUCACCAUGUCCGGCUACUUGGCAUUGAAGAAGGCGUUCACCGUGGCGUUGCUAGUUGCUCCGUUAUUCAUUGCUACGGUGUGGUACGGAUGGGAGUUCCGGAACCGAGUCGAGCCGUUGACGCGGUUCAUCUCGCUGCGAAGCAUCGAGCGCCCCGGUGAUGGUGGAGAAAGCGCCAUUCUCGACGACGACCUCGGCCAGGAGGGUGGUGAAGAGCGGGAAGUACUGCGCAGGGGUAGCACGGUGGAUGAGGAUCGUGAGAAGGGCCUGCGCUUUGUGAAUCCGAACUUGGUGCUGCCACUCGAACAACCAUGGAUAUACGAAGAUCCGCCGCCACCCCUCGUCGACACGGAUACCGAUGAGGCUCCAGACCAGCCGCCCCACAACAGUGACAAUAACCGCAACAAUAACAACAGCCCACAUUACAACGGCUCUGGGUAUCAGACCCCGCCACGAGGUGCCGGGGCGAAUAGCAGCACGGCGAGCUCUGUUAGUUUAGGCGACACCCACAUUUGGAGGGAAUAA